CACCUUAACAUCGUGUAUUGGUUAUCAGCAUUCUCCAGACUUGUGCGAAUAGAUAAUGCUGUGCUGCUGUGGUAUCUGUAAGAAAACGAUCUACCCAAUUUGCGCAAUCGGAUUUCAUAAAAGCGGAAGUGUGAAAGAGCUAUGAACGUCUUCAGCAAAUUUGGCGAAUCGAUAACCAUUGUUUUGCAGCUCUGCUGGAAUCAUUAUGGUCAUAUUGUGCAGUGACGUAGAGUCGUAUGUUCGUACUUUGGAGAAAAUAUAUUCCUGAAAGGUUUAUUUGGCAAAAUUAAUCAUUUACUUUUGUUGGAAUCAGCAACGAAUUGAUGUAAACCCGAGCGAAAGAAAAGUUGAGAGACGAGAAAAACACAAUUUUUUUGCGAUAUAAAAGCGCCCCAUAAGCGUAACUAAUAUUUACAUAUUAGGACUGGAUCGCUCCUGAAAAAAGCCCAUCAAUUUUCCAGUGGCAGUGCGAUUUGUUUGUUUUUGGUUUAUCCAUAAUAUAUAUUUUCCGAGUCAAUUUGCGAUUGACUUAACAAAGAGAUACGAUAUCUUUGUCUAAUUUGCGAACUGGCAUUGCGCACCCCAAAGGAGGGGAAACAAAAUCUUAUAUGACUUUUGAAAGAUUCGGUGAAACACCAGUAAAAAAAACCGUACGUCUUAUUGAGAAAAAACGGAGUAAAGGGUUCGAGCUGUGCAUGAAUUUAAAAGGGCGAACCAUAAGUCACCGGACUUCGAGUAACAGACAUCGGAAGUUACAGCCAUUCAGGUACACAUGAGCCUGCUGCUUUGCCAUUUUUUUAAAGACUUAAACUGGUAAAUUUACAAUAUAAAUAAAUAUAUAUGUAUAUAUAUAAAUACGUAAUUCUAUUUAUAUAUAUAUAUGUAUAUAUUUAAUUAUACAUAUAAUAACGGAAAGCAUAGAAUAGCUGAAUAUUUACCAAGGCAAGGAAAUUCAACCAAUACUUCAGCAAAAUACCCCCUUGCAAGACAACUAUAAGAAAUACUACCCUCAAGCAAUUCUUGCAGAAU